AUGGCUUGGGCCUCCAGCAUUAAUGCAUUCUUUAAUAAUUUUAAGAGGGAAAGCCAAAUCCUCUCUGAGGAAACCAGCACCUUGAUUAAAACCCACAUCAAGAGCAAUAACCUCCAGGAAGCACUUUCUGUAAUCAACAAUGCACUGAGAGACAUCGAGAAUGUCCCCCUGAACAUUGCUGUGACAGGGGAGACAGGGGCAGGGAAGUCCACGUUCAUCAAUGCCCUGAGAGGGGUGGGGCAGGAAGAUGAAGGUGCAGCUACCACUGGGGUGAAAGAGACAACCAUGGAGAGAACUUCAUACCCACAUCCAAAGCUUCCCCAGGUGACACUAUGGGACCUGCCUGGCAUUGGGUCCUCUUCUUUCACACCAGAAAACUACCUAAAAGAAAUGAAGUUUGCUGAGUAUGACUUCUUCAUUAUCAUCUCAGCUUCACGCUUCAAAGAAAAUGAUGCCCAGCUAGCCAAAGCCAUCUCAAGGAUGAACAUGAAUUUCUACUUUGUCCGAACCAAGAUAGAUAAUGAAUUAUAUAAUGAAAAGAAAAGUAAACCCAAGACAUUCAAUAAGGAGAAUGUCCUAAAGAAAAUCCGGAAAGACUGUUCACAGCAACUCAAGGAGGUUCUCUCAUUUGAGCCUCAAAUCUUCUUAGUCUCUAACUUUGAAAUGUCUAAGUAUGACUUUCCAAAACUGGAAAGCAAACUCCUAUAUGAUCUCCCAGCCCACAAGCGCCAAGUCUUCAUGCUGUCUUUGAGCAGUGCUACUGAGGCCACCAUUAACCACAAGAGAGAUAUCCUGAAGCAGAAAGUCUUCCUAGAGGCCCUGAAGAGUGGAGCAUGGGCCACCAUUCCAUUUGUUGGUGUGAUCAGGGAUGAGUUAGAGGAUCUGGAUGAAACAUUCAAUCAAUUCAGGUCUUACUUUGGGCUGGAUGAUGCCUCGUUGGAAAAGAUUGCUAAAGAUUUUAACAUAUCUGUGAAUGAACUGAAGGCACACCUUCGGUUUCCCAAUUUGUGUGCAGAAAAUGAUGAUGUGUCCUUCAGAACAAAACUACAGAAUUAUAUUGAACGUGUUUCCUUGGCUUUUGGUGGACUAGGUGCUGCUGUUUAUUACUUCAAGAAAUCUUACUAUCUGCAGAAUCUCUUUAUUGAUACUGCAGCAAAUGAUGCCAUAGCUCUUCUUAAUAAAGAAGAUCUUUUUGAAAAGAAGGUGGGACCAUAUAUAUCUAAGCCCCCAGAAUUCUGGGAAUGA